GCUGCACUUCCGCCCAGGUGAGGCCAGCCGCUGCACUUCCGCCAGGUGGGGCGGCGGCGCCCGCGCAGCCCCGGGGCUCCCACAGUGCUGUCGCCUGACCAGGCUUUUUGAAAGGGACAAUCCAAAAUGCCUGAAAAUCCUGCAGCAGAGAAAAUGCAGGUGCUGCAGGUCCUUGACCGCCUGAGACUGAGACUGCAGGAGAAGGGAGACACGACACAGAACGAGAAGCUGUCCGUGUUCUACGAGACGCUGAAGAGCCCUCUCUUCAACCAGAUCCUCACUCUCCAGCAGUCCAUCAAGCAGCUCAAGGGACAACUUAGCCAUAUUCCUUCGGAUUGUUCAGCCAACUUUGAAUUUUCUCGGAAGGGUUUGUUAGUGUUCACGGAUGGUUCCAUUACAAAUGGGAAUGCCCACAGAUCUUGUAGUAAUUUAACUGCAUCUGGAUUGUUGCCUUGGAACCCAAAGGCAGGAAAUGAAGACUUUAACUCAGUCAUUCAGCAGAUGGCUCAGGGUCGGCAUGUUGAAUAUAUAGAAAUAGAACGCCCUUCAACUGGAGGCCUUGGAUUCAGUGUGGUGGCCCUGAGAAGCCAAAGUCUGGGAUUAAUUGACAUCUUUGUGAAGGAGGUUCAUCCAGGGAGUGUAGCAGACAGGGAUCAAAGAUUGAAGGAAAAUGACCAGAUUUUGGCCAUUAAUGACACCCCAUUGGAUCAUAAUGUUUCCCAUCAGCAGGCGAUUGCAUUACUACAACAAACCACUGGGACUCUGCGUCUGGUUGUGGCCAGGGAAGUGGGCCACACACAGGGCCGCACUUCCACCAGCUCAGCUGAUACAUCUCUGUCUGAAAUGGUGUUUUGGGGCCACACUGAAGAGGUUGAGCUCAUUAAUGAUGGCUCUGGACUAGGUUUUGGGAUAGUUGGAGGAAAGUCAAGUGGCGUGGUUGUGAGGACUAUUGUUCCUGGAGGAUUGGCAGACCGAGAUGGGAGACUACAGACAGGGGACCACAUCUUGAAGAUUGGUGGUACAAAUGUGCAAGGGAUGACCAGUGAACAAGUUGCUCAGGUGCUAAGGAACUGUGGGAAUUCAGUGAGGAUGUUGGUGGCCAGAGACCCUGUUGGUCAAAUUGCAGUGACACCUCCUACACCUGUAUCCUUACCUGUUGCCCUGCCUACUAUAGCCAACAGGACCCUUGGUUCUGACUGUUCUCUUUUUGAAACUUACAAUGUUGAACUUGUUAAAAAAGAUGGACAGAGUCUUGGUAUUAGAAUUGUUGGCUAUGUUGGAGCAGCUCAUCCAGGGGAAGCUUCAGGGAUUUAUGUGAAAAGUAUAAUACCAGGUAGUGCUGCGUACCACAAUGGCCAAAUUCAAGUGAAUGACAAAAUAGUGGCUGUGGAUGGUGUGAAUAUUCAGGGUUUUGCCAACCAGGAUGUUGUUGAAGUAUUACGAAAUGCAGGGCAGGUGGUGCACCUAACCUUAGUUCGCAGGAAAGCAUCUUCAUCAGAUUCUCCAUUUGAACAGCCUUCAGACAGAGGAACUGAUGCAGAACCGCCUAAAGUACCAGCCCUAACUGAAUCCUUGGAAACAGAAACUAAUGUGGGUACAGAAGCAGAGGAAAUUGGAGAAAGACUGGAUAAUCUAAUAAACAACAACAUACAAGCCUUAGAAAAACCAGAUGUAUAUCCAGAGAAAGGCCAAGGCGCUCCGGAAAAUGAGCUGAAAUCCAGAUGGGAAAACCUACUGGGCCCAGAUUAUGAAGUAAUGGUAGCUACCUUGGACACACAGAUUGCAGAUGACGAGGAACUACAGAAGUAUUCAAAGCUGCUGCCUAUCCACACUCUGAGACUUGGUGUGGAAGUGGAUUCCUUUGAUGGACACCAUUAUAUCUCUUCAGUUGUUCCUGGUGGUCCAGUGGAUUCCCUAAAUCUCCUACAGCCGGAAGAUGAGCUUCUUGAGGUCAAUGGUGUGCAGCUUUAUGGGAGGUCUCGCCGAGAAGCAGUCUCCUUUCUUAAGGAAGUGCCUCCACCAUUUACGUUGGUUUGCUGUCGCCGGCUGUUUGAUGAUGAGGCCUCAGUUGAUGAGCCAAGAACCAUGGAACCAUCUCUUCUUGAGGCAGAGGUUGAUCGCAGUGUAGAUAUCAGCACUGAAGAUGAUGAUGAUGGGGAGUUAGCCCUGUGGUCUCCUGAAGUCAAGAUUGUGGAGCUGGUGAAAGACUGUAGAGGCCUGGGCUUCAGCAUUUUGGAUUAUCAGGACCCCUUGGAUCCCACACGCUCAGUGAUUGUGAUUCGGUCCUUGGUAGCAGAUGGUGUAGCAGAAAGAAGCGGAGAACUUUUACCAGGAGAUCGCCUUGUCUCUGUCAAUGAGUUCUCUUUGGACAAUGCCACACUUGCUGAGGCUGUCGAAGUGUUGAAGGCUGUGCCCCCAGGUGCUGUGCACCUUGGCAUCUGUAAGCCUUUGGUGGAAGGUGAGAAGGAAGGAAGUUGUUUUAUUUUACAUUCAAACAACAAUGAAGACAACAAUGAGCCUUCAGAAGCUGUUGAUGACAUACAUUCAUCUAUAAUCCUUGAAGCACCCAAGGGAUUUAGAGAUGAGCCAUAUCUUGAAGAACUUGUGGAUGAACCAUUUCUAGAUAUGGGAAAGUCUUUGCAGUUCCAACAAAAAGAAAUGGACACCAGCUCAGAAGCCUGGGAAAUGCAUGAAUUUUUGAGCCCUCCACUGGAGGGAGGGGGUGAGGAAAGAGAGAUGCUUGUAGAUGAGGAAUAUGAACUCUAUCAAGAUCACCUCCGGGCCAUGGAGUUAAACCCACUACCACACAUUCAGGAGGUCCGGCAUGCACCUUCCAGGCAGGAACUCCAGGUUGGCACACAGUGGCUGCAUGCUAGCCUUUCAGGAGAUGAAGCUCCCGAGUGUCAAGAUCCAGAGUCUGGGCGGAGUUUAUAUUCCCAGGAAAUGCAGCAGUGCAGCUACAACACUGCAGACAUGAUGGAAGAAACAUUUGGCCUUGAUUCGCGGCAGUCCAUGCCCUCCUCUGAAGGAAAUGGUCAGUGCAGCAGAUUUGAUGACAUGGAGCAUCUUCAUCUACUAACAAACAACAGCCUGGAUUUAGGCAUGAUGAUUCCAAGCGAUGCCCAAGGUCCUGACAUGCUUGUCGAUCUUCCAGCUGCUACCCAAAGAAGGGAGCAAGAAGAUUUGCCUUUGUACCGACUCCCCAGUGCCCGGGUUGUCUCCAGGCCUUCGUCGUACAUGGGAACGGUGUCUUCAAGAUAUGCGACUGCUACAUGUGAGUUACCCGAGAGAGAGGAAGGUGAAGGGGAGGAAACGCCAAACUUCAGCCACUGGGGUCCACCAAGAAUUGUUGAGAUUUUUAGAGAACCUAACGUAUCUCUUGGUAUCAGCAUUGUUGGUGGACAAACAGUUAUAAAACGCUUAAAGAAUGGAGAGGAGCUCAAGGGUAUAUUCAUCAAACAAGUGUUAGAAGAUAGUCCUGCAGGAAAAACCCAUGCACUUAAAACUGGAGAUAAAAUACUUGAGGUGUCUGGCAUAGACCUGCAGAAUGCCUCGCAUGCCGAAGCCGUGGAGGCCAUCAAGAACGCAGGCAACCCUGUGGUGUUCGUGGUACAGAGCCUGUCAUCCACCCCCAGGAUAAUCCCAAGUGUGCAUAACAAAGGCAAACCACCUGCCAGGACCCAGGAUCAAGACACUCAGGGACCAAGAGCAAAGAGACAUGGAACAGCUCCGCCUCCAAUGAAGCUGCCUCCUCCGUACAGAGCUCCAUCUGCGGACAGUGGUGAUGAGGAGAGCCAGGAAGAUUGUGCUCUGAGCGACAAAAAGAUCCGGCAAAGGUAUGCAGACCUGCCUGGAGAACUGCACAUUAUCGAGCUGGACAAGGAUAAGAAUGGCCUGGGGCUCAGUCUUGCUGGCAAUAAGGACAGGUCACGGAUGAGCAUAUUCGUGGUGGGCAUCAAACCAGAGGGGCCUGCUGCUGCAGAUGGACGGAUGCAGGUUGGAGACGAGCUGCUGGAGAUAAACAAUCAGAUCCUUUAUGGAAGAAGUCAUCAAAAUGCAUCUGCCAUUAUUAAAACUGCCCCAACCAGGGUCAAACUGGUUUUUAUUAGAAACGAAGACGCAGUCCAUCAGAUGGCUGUCGCUCCCUUCCUGCUACCAUCAAGCUCCCCAUCACCUGUUGAGGACCUGGGUGGCACUGAACCUGUCAGUAGUGAGGAAGACAGCAGUGUGGACGUCAGACACCUGCCUGACACUGAAAGCCCCAAACCGGAAGAUCUGUCAGAGGUGGUUGAACACAACACAGUGGCAGAGCAACAGACGGCAUUGGAGUCACCUGACAGUGUGGCUGCCUGCCAGAUGAAACAACAAGCGUAUUCAGCUCAAGCCCCCGUCAGCUCCCAAGAGCUCCCACUGGCACCAAGCCCAUUGUGUCAGUCCAAAGAUGCAGACUUCACAGGCUCUGGUAACUUCCAGGCUCCUCUCUCAGUGGACCCUGCAACAUGUCCUAUUGUCCCUGGCCAGGAAAUGAUCAUAGAAAUAUCCAAGGGGCGCUCAGGGCUUGGUCUCAGCAUCGUAGGAGGAAGAGACACACCUUUGGAUGCUAUAGUUAUCCAUGAAGUCUAUGAAGAAGGUGCAGCAGCCAGAGAUGGAAGACUGUGGGCUGGAGACCAGAUUUUAGAGGUUAAUGGGGUUGACCUGAGGAGCUGCAGCCAUGAAGAAGCCAUCACAGCCCUGAGGCAGACUCCCCAGAAGGUGCGCCUGGUGGUGUACAGAGAUGAGGCGCAGUACAGAGAUGAGGAGAACUUGGAGGUGUUCCUUGUGGAUCUGCAGAAGAAGACUGGCCGAGGACUGGGCCUGAGCAUUGUUGGGAAACGGAGUGGAAGCGGAGUGUUUAUAUCUGAUAUUGUAAAAGGCGGAGCCGCAGACCUUGAUGGCAGGUUGAUUCAAGGAGACCAGAUCUUGUCUGUGAAUGGAGAGGACCUGAGACACGCCUCACAGGAGACAGUGGCCACCAUCCUCAAGUGCGUCCAGGGCCUUGUGCAGCUGGAGAUUGGGAGACUCCGGGCCGGUUCCUGGGCUUCCUCUCGGAAGACCUCACAAAAUAGCCAGGGGGAUCAGCACAGUGCACAUAGCAGCGGCCGGCCUUCCUUGGCCCCAGUCAUCACUGGCCUACAAAACUUGGUUGGCACAAAAAGAGCUUCUGAUCCUCCCCAAAAAUGCGCAGAGAUGGGACCAAGAACUGUUGAGAUAAUCAGAGAGCUCAGCGAUGCCCUUGGAAUCAGUAUCGCUGGAGGAAAAGGAAGUCCUUUAGGAGAUAUCCCGAUAUUUAUUGCUAUGAUCCAGGCCAAUGGAGUGGCAGCACGUACCCAGAAGCUUAAGGUAGGAGAUCGGAUUGUGAGCAUUAACGGGCAACCCCUGGAUGGACUGUCUCACACGGACGCUGUUAAUCUCCUGAAGAAUGCCUUUGGGCGCAUUAUCCUGCAGGUUGUGGCAGAUACCAAUAUAAGCGCCAUAGCGACUCAACUUGAAAUCAUGUCUGCAGGCUCUCCGACUGCUGACCGCCAUCCAGAAGACACGGAAACACCUGCACCUAAGAUUAUUACUUUGGAGAAAGGCUCUGCAGGAUUGGGGCUUAGUAUUGUAGGGGGUUAUGGAAGUCCACACGGAGACCUGCCAAUUUAUGUCAAGACUAUAUUUCCAAAGGGAGCAGCUGCAGAGGACGGCCGAUUAAAACGAGGUGACCAGAUCUUGGCUGUCAAUGGGGAGACCCUGGAAGGUGUUACUCAUGAGCAAGCUGUCGCCAUUCUAAAGCAGCAGAGCGGGACUGUGGCCUUGACUGUUCUGCCCUGAGCGCUUGUCCUGAUCCUGACACACAGAGGAGAAUACAACAGGCUCUGUGGCUUCCGGUUGGCAUGGAAAGUUGCCUCAGCUAAAACCCAGCAUCGUCACUGGCUCUGAUUCUGUUUGCAGAAACAGGAGCUGCCGCCUCUGCUUCCUACCCACAUCCCGCAUUCCCACUGAGGCUUAACUGCAGCUCCUGCGGUUUCCUCUAAUGAGUGGAAACAAAGGUUUUGCUUGUCUUCUUAACUUGUGAUUUACUUAUGCUAAUUUGUCUCUUCAAAUAAGGCAGAAAACAUUAGCAGUGUAAUUAACUUCCUCACACCGAACUAUUCACGCCCUGCCCUGGGAAUUACUGCGGUCUCUUCCGUGUGACUCCCAGUCAACUCCCCGUCUCUAGCUAGAUCUGGAUUGUUAGUCAUUGAUCCUGAGGAGCCUCCACAGAUUCUGUAAUCCACCCAGCAUUGGAAAGGCUUUGUACCUGAGUUUCUCCCGCAGCCACACUGGGUCACAUUGCUGGAAAGCUUAUUCAGAGUGCUGAGCAUCUUAGCAAGUGGUGUCACCCCUCCCUCUCCGCUGUAGACCACCGGCUGGGUAUCCUCCACCUUGUUCAGAGUGAGUGACAAGUUCGGUUUGCCUUUCCCUUACCUCCACACCAGCAGCACAGUCGCUCAGCUUGCCCCAGCUCUGUGCUGCACUUGAACAUAAAGUAACUGAGCAAAUGACCUGGGGUCCGUGUGCUCAGCUUGAGUUUCCCAGUCUCCUACUCCCAUUGGCUGAAGCUCUGCAGCUCAGAAAGCAAUUGUAGCCGAAGCCCAGCUAGGAGAGUGAAAUGGACUAGGGGAGGGUGGGGUGCUUGUCACUGAGUUCUGCAGAAUCUUUCAGUGAAAACAAUGGAGAGCACCUGACGGGUGAGCCCAAGGUCAGCAAUGGCCUAGUUCAGCAUCAUUUAGCCAUAACCCAGUGCUACACAUUGUUCAGUAAUCAACAGGAUUCCAUGGGCCCUAAUGUAAAAUGUUAUUUAAUUAGUGAGGAUUUUAACUGAGAUUCCCUUUGAGUAGAUGUAAUCACAAAAGCGUUAAUUCUUACUGUAAUAUUUUUGUGGCUAUUCCAAAGUGCAGAGUGCCUAAGUUUUAUGUUGACAAUGCUUUUCCAUGACUGGUAUUAAGUUUUUUGAGAUUCCAUAGGGUUUUUAGAAUUUCUGAUGUAUCCAAGAUUCGUGGUUUUGUUAGGAUCCCAUCUCCCAGCCUCAGUGCUCUGUGUAAAUGAAGCUUGUAAGAACACCUCAAGUGGCAGAGACCAAAUGAAGCCCAGAGGAAAAUGCACCCUAAAAGAUAAAGGUAGCUGCAUUGAUGCUUUCAAAGUGUGAUUCGGCUUCAUUUUGAUGGGAUGACUCUAAAUACACAUUUUGAAAUAAUG